ACCAGCCGUGGCUCCGGUCUGCUCCCUCGGCUGCCACCAGGGAAUGCUGGGGGGCUCAGGAGGGCACUGGGGUGUCCCCGGGGAGCACUGGGAUGCUACUGGGCAGCUCCGGGAGAUGCUGGGACGUCACUGUGAAGUGCUGGGGUGGCUUUGUGGGGCACUGGUGUGAUACCGGGAAUCUCUGGGAGGUGCUGGGAUGUCCCUGGAGGACUGGAGCAGUACUGGGCAGCUCUGGGAGGCACUGGGAUGUCCCUGGGGCACACUGGGAUGUCCAUGGGAGGCACUGGGAUGUCUGUGGGGGACACUGGGAUGGUACUGGGCAGCUCUGGGAGGCACUGGGAUGUCCCUGGAGGACUGGAGCGGCACUGGGAUGCCCUUGGGAGGCACUGGGAUGUCCCUGGGGGGCACUGGGAUGGUACUGGGCAGCUCUGGGAGGCACUGGGAUGUCCCUGGAGGACUGGAGCGGUACUGGGAAGCUCUAGGGAGGCACUGGGAUGUCCCUGGGAGGCACUGGAAUGUCCCUGGGGGGCACUGGGGUGGUACUGGGCAGCUCUGGGAGGCACUGGGAUGUCCCUGGGGCACACUGGGAUGUCCAUGGGAGGCACUGGGAUGUCUGUGGGGGGACACUGGGAUGGUACUGGGCAGCUCUGGGAGGCACUGGGAUGUCCCUGGAGGACUGGAGCGGUACUGGGAAGCUCUAGGGAUGCACUGGGAUGGCCCUGGGGGGACACUGGGAUGUCCCUGGGCGCAGCAGGAGGCUCUGCAGGGAGCCUGGGCUGGCGAGGGGGAUGCCCCGGGGGGACACCGGGAUAUCACUGGGAUGUCACCGGGAUGUCACUGGGACGUCACCGGGAUGUCACUGGGACACCAGUGCGGCACUGGGGACACUGGGCGGCACUGUGGGACGCCGCUCCGGCCCCCGCGCCGUUGCUAGGCGACGCCUGCCGACGCCCCGCGCAUGCGCAGAGCGGGCGCGGUCCCGGCGCGGACUCCCUCUCCCGGCAUGCUCCGCGCGGCGCCCCGAGCGCGUCCCGCUGCCGGCCGGAGGUGGCACCGCCAUGGCGGAGCCCGCAGCAGCCUCCCGGCCGCCGCCGGACCUGGACACGGACGACUGCCUCCGCGAGUACCGCCACCUCUUCAGCCCCGACAUCCUGGCGGGCCAGGUGGCGUUUAUCACCGGCGGCGGCUCGGGCAUCGGCUUCCGCAUCGCCGAGAUCUUCAUGAGGCAUGGCUGCCGGACGGUCAUUGCAAGCCGGAACCUGCAGCGAGUGUCGGAGGCCUCUAAAAAGCUGGUGGCAGCCACAGGCCAGCAGUGCCUGCCUCUGUCCAUAGAUGUCAGGCAGCCCCAAACCAUUGUGUCAGCGGUGGAUGAGGCACUGAAAGAGUUCAAGCGGAUUGACAUCCUCGUGAACGGUGCUGCAGGAAACUUUUUGUGCCCAGCCAGCGCCCUGUCCUUCAACGCCUUCAAGACCGUGAUAGAUAUCGACACCAUUGGCACCUUCAACACCUCCAAAGUCCUCUUUGAGAAAUAUUUCCGGGACCACGGCGGGGUCAUCGUUAACAUCACGGCAACCCUGAGCUACCGAGGGCAGGCCCUCCAGGUGCACGCUGGUACCGCGAAGGCUGCCAUAGAUGCCAUGACCCGUCACCUUGCUGUGGAGUGGGGACCCAACAACAUCCGGGUGAACAGCUUGGCUCCGGGCCCCAUUACAGGCACCGAGGGCUACCGGCGGUUGGGUGGGAAAUUCGCCGAGGAAGCAAGCCAGUUCGACACAAUCCCCCUCCACCGCGCAGGAAACAAGACAGAGAUCGCCCACAGCACGCUGUACCUGGCGAGCCCUCUCUCCUCCUACGUGACGGGCACCACCCUGGUCGUGGAUGGCGGGAGCUGGCUGACCUCUGCCAACAACUUCCCCGCCUUGCUGGCAGGACUGGGCACAGAUUGUCCUGACAGCCUCUGCCUCCCCUUUCUUCCUUGCAUGAGUUACUGCAGCGCCUCUUGUGUUGCAGCUGGACUGCACGCAGGACUCACUCUGGCUGCGUACGUCUGCAGAGAUUUCUGGGCUGCAGGAGCAAACACAAAUCAAUGAUGGACAGCCUGAGAUUGACCGAUGGACAGAAACGUUGACUGAAUGCUGCUACUCUGGGACAUCUCGGGGUGACGUCUCCCAGAGGUGGAGCCGAGAGCUGCCGCCUCUGAUCAGCGCGUGGUGGUGGUGACACUGCCCGUCCUGCCUCCGCCUGGGGGAGGGAGCACCGGGGUGCUGGGUGGGCAGCAAGCCCACCCCCUUUCCGUGCCCUUACUUUCUUCUGAGCUGACACGGCCGAGGGCACAGGGACGGUGCGGGCUGUGGUGGUCACUGUCCGUUCCUGUCUCCUCUGAGCUGCUCUCCUGGCCUUUCCCAAGUCCCGGGCAGUGCCAUCCACGGAUAUCUGUCCUCUUCCUCCCCUGUCUCAGCCUGAGUGCUGCCCAAGCCCCCCAGCAGCAGCCCCUCCUUUUUAGGAGGGGGGAGUAGUUCAGCCCUUCUGGGGUUGAGAUCAGCCUUUGGGAUCUGACUUGGCAACGGGAGCUGGCAGCUCCUGGGCGGGGGGGAACCAAGGACCAAGCUGGUUCCCUGACAGGGGGAGGUGACCCCGUCCCCUCCAGGAGCUCCCAGAUGGGGCAGCAGUCCCCUGAGACGUGAGGAGGAUGUCCCUCUCCCAGGAGCAGAGGUGGUGUGAGGUCAGAGCCCACCAGAGCUGGCUCUGUACUGCUGUGGACCAUAGCGCUGUGUCUGUUGGGAGCCUGAGACAUCCGGUUGUCUGUCCGCUCCCCCAUCUGCCUGUCAUGCCAGUCUCAUGCCAUUUCCUUUCUUCGUACAUACACUACAGCUGAGGGUAAAUCAGGGGCUCACUGAAAUUCAGUCCUUUCCGAGCAGGGCGCUGAGCUGACAAGCUGCGGGGGCCGCACCAGCUCUGCCUAGGGCUGCUGGAGCCAAAUGCGUCCCUGGUGCCAGUGCCUCGGGGGCACACACAGCUGCCUCCUGCUGCUGACAGCAAUUUCUAAGCUUAUCUUGAAUUCCGUGAAGCUUGUUUUUGUACUUGAUUGCAUUUCCGACUUGAUUGUAGACUUGCCAGGUUUUGCUCCUUCCUCCAGGCCACGAAUAAAGAACUUCCACCCUGA